UCUUUUGUUACUAGCUACUCCUUGAAGCUGGCAAUGGGCCAAUCACAGUCAUGAUGAUGCAUUCUCGUUGUCGUCGAAGCACGGCGAAGGCUAGCGACGACCAUGGCGAUGCAGGAUGCAUUGAUCUCCCCGAUCACGAAGCCGACGAAGAAGCCGCCGCCACCUUCGACUGCCAAACCUCCCCAACGCAUCAAGGCGAAGAAGCUCAGCCGGAAGAAGCGUCUCCAGAACCUCGAACGACAAGUGUACGACUUGGAAGGAGUGCUCACUCGAGCCCAGCGGUCUCGCACCACACUCCUCCCAUGGGAAGAGAUCGCCCUGGCUUUCAAAGAAGACACCCUCAAUCAAGUCCGAGACCACCGAUCACUAAAGCGGCAGCUCCAGCGACAGGAACACGUGAACCUUGUGUUGCAGACAUGGGUGACGGCCAUGCUGCUUCCACCACCUCAAAGGACCCUGAACCCGCAUGCGGACACGUGGCGCCAUUCCCACCUCAUCCAAGGGGACGACGACAUCCGACGCACGGCGCAGCUGUGGAUCAUGCAGCACUCGUACCACAACACGGAUCGCGCCAUGUCGCGCCAUUCGUUCCCCGACAGCAUGGAAUCCCUCGUGGAAGUGAAUGUGGCCGUGGAUGACGACGGCGGCGGCGGUCUUUUCCGCGUGGACUGCAUGGUGCAGUACACCGUGGACCUGCCGCUCCAGGAAGCGUCCGAUGUGUACUGGCUAGCCGAGAACUCGUUCACAUCGUACCGGCAGGACGCGCCGACGUUCUUCGAGGAUCGCCAUGCAGUGCAACAUGCCGCGCUUCGAUAUGACCGCCAAGUGAUGUCCGUGCACAUGGCCAAGCAGAACAUCCGCAGCCACUCGCUGCAUGGCCAGUUCCGCACUCCAUCCCGCACCACGGUCGUGUGUCGAACGAUUCUGCAUGAUGAAGCGUUUCCUGAGGAAGAUGCCGCGGCGUGGGUGCUGGACGCGCAUCUGUGGUACAGUAAAGAAUGAAUCAAUGUAUGGUGGAAUGAAUGAUGAUUGAAACGUCGUCGCAGGACCGUGGCGGAACCAGUGGGGCCAUUCACGACAAGAGUGCGGACAGUGUACUCUCUCGAUCACCCGCGGACCGCCGCCGGUCGAAUCGUGUCGGCGGACGAGAUGGCGACAGAGUUCCAUCUACACCAGUCGGGCCAUGUCCGCGCCUUCCUCAACCGAGCCCAUGUUCGGCAGAGGCAACUCUUCUUUGAUCACUUGACCAGUCUCAUUCGAUGCACCACCCCCGCCGGACUUUAGAAGUAGAGCCAGAUAUUACCACGGAUAACACGUACAUAGUACAGCCUGUACAGAGC